AUGGCCGGCGUUCAGCAGAAACACGCGUGCACUCGGUGUCGGGUAGCGAAGCUUCGGUGUUUACGCGAUACCCUUCAGGACCACGGGAAGUGUAGGCGCUGUCACGAGGCUAAUGUAGAGUGCAUCUUCGAUUCGAUAGCUCCGCGGCAGCGGCGAAAACGUACGGACACCAGAGUUGCGGUGCUUGAGAAGCAAAUUGAGGACAUGAAAGCCGCAAUUGACAACAAUCGCUCAACCCAGAGCACAAACUUUGGCAAUGAGAGAGCUAUAUGCCAUGAGCAUGGUUUCGACGAUCAUACACGGGACAAAAGAUAUGGUUACGACCGAUCGUCUGAACGACAAUCUGGGCCGUCCCAGAAUACAACUGGAGCUUGUUUCUCUGAAACAGGGGAGAGAACGACACCCGAAGAUGAACAUUUAGGCCCCAACGACGAGACAAUUCCAGGUCUCGUUAGUUCGAGCUUGCUUCCUGUUGAUGUUGCUGUCAACUUGCUGGCAGACUUUGUCUGUCAUGUGCUACCGGAGUAUCCGAUAUUAGCGAUUACUGAUCGCGAAGAUUUCAGUUUUCUCCGGAAAGCUAAACCCAGGUUGUUAUUGGCUAUGAUCACGGCGGCAAGUAGGGCCUCAGAUCCAUUCUUAUUUGCCAAGCUUCAUCCGCGUCUGAUCGGAACUCUAGCGGAAGAAAUAGUUGUAUGCGGUCACAGAAGCCUGGAGCUUGUCCAGGCGCUUCUGAUCAUGGAGGUGUGGUAUGAUCCGCCAGACGACAUGAGACGUCUGAAUUUCUAUCUAUGGAUUCAAAUAGCUGGCACCAUGAUUCGCCAACUGGGACUGUGGCCAGCGAGCGGCAUAUCAUCACCUGCGAGGACAUAUGUGCCAACAGAGCCGGAUGAUCGCCCAAUGAUGGAAUUGCGGACUGCCUUUGCAGUGUACUUGUCUAUGUCGAACGUUGCUAUUAGCUUGCGUCGACCAAUGACCAUGACCUUGACAAAAGGAGCGCUAGAAUGCCUGGAGCUGUUUGAACAGAGUAGUAUGUGUAUCAACGACAAGCGUCUUGUCGCAUGGAUCAGACUGCAGGCAAUAGCGGAAGAUGUUGAGGCUUUGCGAGUCAAGCUGUUAAAGUGCAAUGAGGAGCCUACAUUCUCUAAUUCAAACUCUGUGCACCAAGACCUCGUGCAACAACUGGAGGAUAGAUUUGGUUCGUGGAGGUAUGCUGCACAGGCGGUAAUGAACUUCUCAUUGCGUAUACAUUUUUUUCAUUGCCGAAACAAGCUUUACGAGCUUGCAAUAUCGGUAAACCAAAAUCCAGGCACGUCGCUGACUACCUUAAGUCUUCAAAAUGAAACCCUACCACUCACGCACAAGAACAAGGCUACGGUUGAUCCUGGUUAUAUCAGGGUUGUAAUGUCACUCAUUCAGUCAAGUCAUAGCGUUCUCGAUGCACUGCUCCAGAUCGAACCUUCCACCUACCUUAAGUGUCCUACAGUCACCACAAUCAGAGCUCUUUACGCCCUUCAAGAAAUCGGGACCCUUUGGAGCUCUGUCAAUUGUCAACAGACACAUCUCUUGGGACUUAUUACUGAAGAAGUCCUCUCACUUAAACUUUAUGCACGACAGAUGAAAGACUUUUUUGAGGCAAUGUCGGGGCCUGAAGGCUACCAGAUUCCAAAUAUGGCAUUGAAUGUGCUCUCCAACAUCACCAAUCACGUCUUGCUGCCCGAGAGAACAAAUCAACGACAAACGCGACAAAUUCCUGUCCCGCAGCAAUCUCGCGGCAUCAUAAAGGAGGCUAGCGGCGCCCCUAACAACGAUCUCGAGGUCAUAUUAACGACCGGCAUGACUGACUCAGAGCCAUCCAAAAGAAGCUUGUCGCCAGUUGAAGUGCAGAAUGCAGACUCGCCGAUCUCAGAUAGAGCCACAAGAAACGUGACGCCCUCGGGAACUUCUCCCGCUAUCCACGAUGGCUCGAAUGACACGAACAAUGAAGCAUCAAUUCUCUCCGAGUUCGACCUGAUGGUGAUGCCUGACGCUGCAAUUGACCCAAAUUGGUUGUUCUCCAGUGAGGAUUACGACUUUGGACAAUACAGAUUCGGGUAG